UGCACUCAGCUCCCCCCGCCCCGCCUCGAAACGUGCACGACUAUCAGCUGUGGCGGGGGAGCGGGGCUGCUGGUGCCUCCCCGGGGGAAGGGCGAGAGCCGAGCGUGCGCUGGGGGCAGAGGAGUAACUGGCUGCUUUUAAUUGGGUGCAAAUGAAGAGGGGCUAAGGGGGGGAGGUGGGCGAGAAUUAAACUGGGCUUCGCGGCUGGACUGAGUGGGCGCCGCUUCUUCCCCUUUUGCGCAGGCUUCGGCUGCUGCCUUUCGCCGUGUGCCGCUGUGACUCUCUGCCGUCUCGUCCUGUCCUGUCCCGUCCCAUGGAGCUGGAGGGGCAGUGGUGGAAAGGACAGCUGGCUGCCGACAUCCACCAAGCGCUUCGCUACAAGGAGCUGAAGCUUCCCUCCUACAAAGGCCAGUCUCCCCAGUUAAAUCUGAGAAGAUAUUUUGCAGACCUGAUUGCCAUUGUGAGCAAUCGUUUCAGACUCUGUCCUGCUGCGCGACAUCUUGCUGUCUAUCUACUGGACCUCUUCAUGGACCGCUAUGAUAUAUCCAUUCAGCAGCUACAUGUGGUUGCUCUUUCCUGUUUACUUUUAGCAAGUAAAUUUGAAGAAAAGGAAGACAGUGUCCCUAAGCUCGAACAAUUGAACAGCUUGGGUUGUAUGACUAACAUGAAUCUGGUAUUAACAAAACAGAACUUGCUACACAUGGAGCUGUUGUUGCUAGAAACAUUUCAGUGGAACUUGUGCCUCCCAACUGCUGCUCACUUCAUUGAAUAUUACCUUUCAAUUGCCGUCCAUGAGACAGAUCUCCAUGAUGGCUGGCCAAUGGUUUCCUUAGAGAAGACCAAGUUAUACAUGGCAAAAUAUGCUGAUUACUUUCUGGAAGUAUCUCUGCAAGAUCAUGCAUUUUUAAAUUAUGCUCCUUCGUUAGUGGCUACUGCAUGUGUGGCAUCUUCAAGGAUUAUCCUGCGUCUCUCUCCAACAUGGCCAACUCGACUGCAUCGUCUUACUGCAUACUCCUGGGACUUCCUGGUUCCGUGUAUUGAACGACUGUUAAUUGCUCAUGAUAAUGACGUAAAAGAAGCAAACAAGCAAAAAGGACAACAUGCCCAGCCUGCACAACAGAGCGCGUUUCCUACCCAGACUCCAACUCCACAGCAGGCUCAUGUUCAACAACAUGUAUCACAGUAUCUCCAGGCGCAUCAAGCUCCAUUACAGUAUCACCAUCAAACCUCACAACAGCAAAACUGUCAGCAGAUGGUGUCAACUAGUCACACGUCCUCUUACCCACUGCAGACUUGCCCUGCUGGCUUACAAUCCAGUGUUCAGGCUCGAGGUCACAUACAGACUGGUGCUAGUAUGUCACUAGCAGUUCCAAUAGAAGUGAAGCCAUGUAUAAGUGUCUCGUACAACCGGAGUUACCAGAUCAAUGGACGGUAUCCUUGUAUUACUCCCUGCUUUGAGAGGUGAUGAAUACAAAUUUAGAUACCCUAAUUUUUGUCCAACCUCAAAUAAGUUUGAGGGCAACAAUCUAAAUAAAAGUAGCACUCUUUCCAGAAGGAAAACAGCUGGAUUGGCAUCCGAUUAGCUCAAGUACAGAUUCUGCAAAGAACGAGCAUGUAGUAUGUUUUCUAAAGGGAAUGUGUGCAUGGCAGUCAUGUGCUAAUACUUUUGACACUCCAGUGCACUGUGUGCUCUUAACAGCCACUUUUGAAAUUCAGGUCAAAAGAAAAAUGGCUGUGGACUGGCUAGAGACAUAUCUUUUAAUGAAGGAGAUAUACAGUAUUACUUUGAAGAGGUCAUAUUUAUGCAAUACUUCCAUAUAGUACUGAAUAAGAUUUACUUUCGGUAAAUUGAAACUUAAGAAUCCACUAAGCAAUGAUGGGCUUCCCCAGAAACACUGGGGCCAUGUAGAGAGAAACUUUCACUGACUAAAUCAGUAAUGCAAUUACUUGUCAUUUUUUUUGCUCAUGCUCUUAUAAUGUAAAAUGUAUGUCCAAUUUAAGGCACUUGAGGUAACUGACUUUUUUUUGGUUUGUUUGUUUUUAAAUCUUGUGCCUCACAGGACAGAUGUUACAUAUUUUCCUUUUGAUUCAGAUGUUUAGAAUAACACUUUCUCACUAACUCAGGGAAUUAUCUAUUCAGAAUGACUCUGUGCUGCUUGUGUGUACACUUAACUGGGUGUAAUCCAGGGUGGUAUUUCUUUCAGGGCAUCUACAGUGCAGAGUACCAAAGGGAUUUGUAAGUGUAUAAAGUAGAAGUGUAGUCCUAAUUACUCCCUGCCACCCAACAAUCUUGUUAUCAAGUGAUUACAGAGUAGUAGUAGUUUCUUAAGUUUAAGCUGAACUAAUACUGUACCAGAACUCAUGGUUGUGAUUUUUUU